UUUGCAAGUUAAUAAUAGUUUUAACACUUAACCGUACUUAAGAAUGACUUUUUCUGAGAGUAUUUUGCAGCAUAUUGGACAAACACCAUUAAUUCGGUUAAACCGUAUUCCAAAAGAAGAACAACUUGAAUGUGAUAUUUUGGUUAAAUGUGAAUUCUUUAAUGCAGGAGGAAGUAUUAAAGACAGAAUUGCUAAAAUGAUGAUUGAACAAGCGGAGAAAGAAGGAAAAUUAGUUCCUGGUUCUACUUUGAUUGAGCCGACAAGUGGUAAUACAGGUAUUGGAUUAGCGUUAAUAGCUGCAAUUAAAGGAUAUCGUAUGAUUAUUACGCUUCCAGAGAAAAUGUCUCAGGAAAAGAUUUUUAUUUUAAAGGCAUUGGGUGCAGAGGUUAUUGUGACGCCUUCAGAAGCUCCUUGGGAUUCACCAGAAUCUCAUAUUGGAGUGGCAAAGAGGUUGAAUCAGGAAAUUCCGGGAUCUCUAAUUCUCAAUCAGUAUGAAAAUCCAAAUAAUCCGAGAACACACGAGUUUUAUACAGCAACUGAGAUUCUAAUGCAGACAGAUGGUAAAGUAGAUAUGGUUGUGAUGGGUGCUGGAACAGGAGGCACAAUUUCUGGUGUUGCAAGAGCAUUAAAGAAGUAUAAUAAAAAUAUAGAAAUUGUUGGCGUAGAUCCAGUAGGAUCGAUUCUUGCUUUGCCUGAGUCUUUAAAUACAGGAGUAGGCUUGUAUCAUAUUGAAGGAAUUGGUUAUGAUUUUAUACCAGGUGUCCUUGAUAGAUCACUUAUAGACCGUUGGAUUAAGACAAGCGAUAAGGAAUCUUUUUUAAUGGCUAGACGUUUGAUUGCAAAAGAAGGGCUUAUGUGUGGUGGAAGUAGCGGUUCUGCAAUGGUUGCUGCUGUACUUGCUGCCAAAAAAUUAGGAAAAGGAAAAACAUGUGUCGUUAUUUUACCAGAUUCCGUUAGAAAUUAUAUUAGUAAAUUUUUGGAUGAUCGUUGGAUGUUUGAUCAUUCUUUCAUUGAGAAUCCUAAAAAAUUAACUUUGGAUACACUCACUCUACAAUCAAUGAAUCUUAAGUCUCUUAAACUUGUUAAUACUUCUUCUACAUGUCUUUCUGUGCUAAAGAUAAUGAAGAGUAAUUCACUUGAAGUAUUACCAAUCGUAGAUUUAUCUAAAAAAUUGGUUGGCCUUGCUUCUAUACGGAAUAUCCUUUCCUCUGUAUCCCGUUCUCUUUCUUCUUUUCAUGAUUCAAUUACUACUGUGAUGUCGUGUUUUAAGAAACAACUUGAAAACUCCAUUACUAUUCAACAAUGGUUUUCUUUAAAAUCUUCAUCCUGUUCUGUUUCUCCUAAAGAACAAUUCGUUAUCAUUACAAUUGAUACUCCUGUUCUUUUACUUAUGGACUUCUUAAAUACCUAUAGAUAUGCAAUUAUUGUCACUUCUACUUCUGAUACUCGUUCUUUUACUCCAACACAUCUAUUAACUCGAACUGAUCUUUUGGAUUUCAUUUAUAGAAACGUUCUCUGAUUCAAUUCCUUUCUUACUUUCAAUUUAUAUAUCUUGCUUAUCUA